AUGAAGCGGCGAGCAUCAGACAGAGGAGCUGGGGAAACAUCCACUAAGGCAAAAGCUCUUUGUACAGGGAUUUCUGGAAAUAAUGCCAAGAGAGCGGGCCCUUUUAUACUAGUCUGUUUUUGCUUUGUGCUGUUAGGUCCACGUUUAGGUAACUCCCCUGUGCCAAGUAUUGUUCAGUGUUUGGCAAGAAAGGAUGGGACAGAUGACUUUUAUCAGCUAAAGAUUCUCACCUUAGAAGAAAGGGGUGAUAAAGGAAUAGAAACCCAGGAGGAACGACAGGGCAAGAUGCUGCUACACACGGAGUAUUCUCUCCUUUCCCUGCUCCACAACCAGGAAGGAGUGGUUCAUCAUCACGGGCUCUUUCAGGACCGAGCUUGUGAAAUCAUAGAGGAUCUAGAAGCCAACAGAAUGGUCAGAAAAAUGAAGAAGCGCAUUUGUCUUGUGUUAGACUGUCUCUGUGCUCAUGAUUUCAGUGACAAAACAGCAGAUCUGAUCAAUCUGCAGCAUUAUGUCAUUAAAGAGAAGAGACUCAGUGAGCGGGAGACGGUAGUGAUAUUUUAUGAUGUGGUACGAGUGGUAGAAGCAUUACAUAAGAAAAAUAUUGUGCACAGAGACUUGAAACUAGGAAACAUGGUGCUAAACAAAAGGACUCAUCGAAUAACCAUAACAAACUUCUGUCUUGGAAAGCACCUCGUGAGUGAAGAUGACCUGCUGAAAGACCAGCGAGGGAGCCCUGCCUACAUCAGCCCAGAUGUGCUCAGUGGACGGCCGUACCGUGGAAAACCCAGUGACAUGUGGGCGUUGGGUGUGGUGCUCUUCACCAUGCUCUAUGGCCAGUUCCCCUUCUACGACAGCAUACCUCAGGAGCUUUUCCGCAAAAUCAAGGCUGCCGAGUACACCAUCCCUGAGGAUGGACGGGUCUCAGAAAACACUGUGUGCUUGAUCCGAAAACUGCUGGUCUUGGAUCCGCAGCAGCGUCUGACGGCUUCUGAAGUGCUGGAUUCCCUCGGCUCCAUCAUAGCAUCGUGGCAGUCUAUGUCCUCGCUCAGUGGCCCUUUGCAAGUGGUGCCAGACAUCGACGACCAAGUGGCUAACCCUGAAAACCCCCAGGAGGUGAAGGUGACGGAGGAGUGCUCGCAGUACGAGUUCGAGAACUACAUGAGGCAGCAGCUGCUCUUGGCUGAGGAGAAGAACACCUUGCAUGAGGCCAAGAGCUUCCUACAGAAGCGGCAGUUUGGGAACAUCCCCCCCGUGCGACGCCUGGGCCACGACGCCCAGCCCAUGAACCUUUUGGACGCAGCCAUCCUGGCCCAGAGGUACCUUCGGAAGUAGCUUCCCACACGUCUGAGAGCACAAGCACCAUCCUGCAGUCUGCCUUUCACGUCGCCUACUACAGCUCAACAGCAAUACCGGUGUCCCGUGAUGGAGAAUAAUGUAGCAAUUCUUCUGAGCUCUGUUCAGGGACACACACUCACACUCGCUCUGGAGGGAGAAGACUUUUGAAAAAGCUAGUUUUGGAAGCAGCAACUUCUUGGCAUCUUCUGGAAUCUGUUUUUUAAAUCGAAGCCUCGAUGACUAAUCUGCUUUUAAUCAUGACUGUAAUCUAC